AGCCACUGGCCACUGAUCAGCACACUUUGUCGGGGUUUGUGUCUCCAUGCAAGACUGCUGAAAAGGAGCUUAGACUUUCACAUUUUCUUUUAAUCGCAAGGCAAGCAAAAGCCUAAAAAACAAACCCAUCCACGGCUACAAAAGCACAAGUAGUGAAGAAAAAAAGCAUUUAAAUAUUUUUCUACACUCAUCACUGUCUCACAGCUCCCUGCACAAUGUCUGGAGAGGACGCACCUGCCGAGCAGCAAAACGCCGUGGAUCAGAAGCAGGAGACCAAACCCGCCGAGGAGCCCAAAGCCGAGGAGCCCAAGACGGAGCCUGCACCCGCAGCUGCUGAGGCGUCCCCCGCGGCGACCACCGAGAAGGUCCCCGAAGAGGACACGUUCACCUACCGCGCGCUGGUGCUCACCGGUUAUGGGGGCUAUGAUAAAGUGAAGCUCCAGGUGAAGAAGGGAAAGCCGGUGCUCAAAGCUGGCGAGGUCCUGGUUCGGGUCAAGGCUUGCGGGCUGAACUUCGCAGACCUGAUGGCCCGGCAGGGGCUUUACGACCGGCUGCCAUCCCCGCCGGUCACCCCGGGAAUGGAGUGCUCCGGGGUGGUGGAAGCUGUAGGGGAAGAAGUCACGGACAGAAAAGUUGGUGAUAAGGUGAUGGCUCUGAACCGCUUCGGGCUGUGGCAGGAGGUGGCGGUGGUGCCAGCAACCCACACCUUCCUCAUCCCAGAGGGCAUGAGCUUCGAGGAGGCAGCAGCCCUGCCUGUGAACUACAUCACCGCCUAUAUGAUGCUGUUUGACUUUGGCAACCUGCGGCCCAACCAGAGCGUCCUCGUUCAUGCUGCUGCAGGUGGUGUGGGUAUUGCAGCCACACAGCUGUGCAACACAGUGAAGGACGUGACUGUGUUCGGCACGGCCUCCGCCAGCAAGCACGAGACAAUCAGCCAGGGUGGAGUCACACAUCCCAUCGACUAUCGCACCAAGGACUAUGUGGAGGAAGUCCGCAAGAUCAGUCCGAAAGGGCUGGACAUCAUACUGGACCCUCUCGGAGGAUCAGACACCCAUAAGGCCUACAACCUGCUGAAGCCUAUGGGGAAACUCAUCACCUAUGGUGCGGCUAACAUGCUAGCGGGCCAAAAGAAGAACCUGAUUGCCGUGGCCAAGAACUGGUACCAUCAGUUCUCCAUCCACACGCUCAGCCUGAUCCAGGGGAACAAGUCUGUGUGCGGCUUCCACCUGGGCUACCUGGACGGAGAGACGGAGCUCAUCACCCAGGUCAUGAACACCAUCCUGGAUCUCUACAAGCAGGGCAAGGUCAAGCCCCACAUCGACUCCACUUGGCACCUCGAGCAGGUGGGCGAUGCCAUGAGAAAGAUGCAGGAGAGGAACAACAUCGGCAAAGUGAUCCUCACCACAGAGCCCAUGCCUGAGGAGGAGAAAAAGGAGGAGCCCAAGAAGGAGGACAAGAAAGAGGACAAGAAGAAGGACGACAAGAAGAAGGACGACAAGAAGAAGGACGAUGGCAAGAAGGAGGAGAAGAAGGACGACAAGAAGAAAGAGGAGCCCAAGAAGGAGGAGAAGAAGGAAGAGGAGAAGAAGGAAGAGCCCAGCAAGGAGGAGAAGUGAGAGGGAGGGAUGGAGAGUCAAGCAGACCAGCUGGGAGUGUGUGUCCUGGGAGCAGGGGGUGGGGUUGGGGGGAGGAGGGAGAUGGAUGGGGUGGGAGGGUAAGGGCGUAGUGUAAGCGAAGAUUAGAAGGCGUUAGAAGGGUAGAUUAUUACAAAAUGAUCACUCCACUAUCAAUCGUAUAUCUCUUCCAGCCCCUGCCCCCACCUCACUACAAUGGCAGUUAUUACUCAGGCCUGGCUCCCCCCGCCCCCCUCCCUUCCCGUUUUCUUGCCUUUAUCUAUAGAAAAUCAUAUAAAAAGUCCAAUCACUUGUAACACCUUGUAAGCGUGUUACCUUGUCAAAUUGAGAUGUCAAAAGUAACACUCAAAAGAUGUCUCCUGUUGGGACAGACAAAGACAAGAGAGCUGUGGAGGAUUGUGGGUAUGUUCCAGGCCUGGGGCGUAUUACUGUUUCCUUGACGACUGUAAUCAAUGCUCGCACUUCGGCCCCGCCCUCGACCCCCCCAAAUCCCCUCCGCACCUCAACUCCCACUGUGCUAAAUUGUUCUGCUCUGACUUCCACCUGCCACCUCAUCUCUUCCCCCUCUCUGUGCCGAGUCCUCCCCCACCUCCCACAGCACCCCCCACCGUCCACCCCCUCCCCCGACCCAUCCACGGGCCGGACCCGCAGACAGGCAGAGAAUGGGAGAACCACACCCACCCACACGUCGCUCCCUUAGUGUCCAGCGCUUAGUUAUGUCACGGAGGAUGAGUCAGCGAUGCCUGUGAUUGGCUGAUGCAUCCCGGCUCCCCUGCAGAUAUUUGCAUCAUGGUUUCGAUCGUGAUUUUUGAUUGCUUGAACAAUAGUGUUAUUGUUGCAAGGCCUUUAAUUGGUUAUCGUUCUUGAAUUUCCCCACAAGUAUUUUCCUAUGUAUAUCGCUUUAGCUUUGAUAUAUCUUUAUCUGUGGAGAGGGAGAAAGCUCAGUAACGCAUGCGUUCCCACCACAUUUCAGUGAAGUUUAAUAUAGUGUCUGCAGUUUUGUACUUGCCUGAAUAUGAAUUCCCCUCAUAAUGAGCCUCUGUGUGCAGUGUUGAAUAGGGAGGCAGAAAAUCAUUGCUCAGCUUCCUUCUCCUUAGUUACAGAUUUUUCUAGCUGACCAACUGUUGGCAAGAAGUGCGCAGUGCCAAUUAAGAGAGAAUUUGUUUCUGCUCAAACAAGCCACAAAUACACACACAGGCAUACACACUGAAUGGGAUGAAAAGAGGCACUGUCAUGCUGAGACAGUGAAGCUUUCAAAAUGAGCAAGUUAAGAAGGUGAAUAUCAGUCCUUUUUUCCUCGGGAUCGGGCUCUCUUCCUCCCUGAUCCUCCUCGAGGCAUUCCAUGGCAUUCUGCUCCUUUCACAGCGACCGCUCGCUUGUCGAUCACCCUGACCUGAGAGAGGAGAAUUCAAUUCAAGCUGGCGUCCAUACUUCGCCUCCCCUGCUUGUCUCUACUCUCUCGCCCUCCUCUUUCCAUUUCCCUCUCUAUGGUCGGCAUAGCAACAGGCGUCAGACUCGUAAGAGAAGGCACUGUGGUCGGUUUCUAUCUGACUCCCUCUCCCUGUGUCUCUCUUUUCUGCCUCCCUAACUCUAUAUUCGACCAGUAUUCCAAAAAAGAUGAACGUAUGGGGCAUUUCUGAUGAUACAAUUAAUAGCUGGAGCCGUGUUUAAAGAUUAUAAACCUGGCACACCAAAACAGUUUGUUCAAAACAGUGAAAUUGAAAUAAUAGGAUUGUGCAAUUAGCGGUGUGCUUGCAAAAACAGUGCACCACUCCCCCUAAUGGCUAGUAUGCAUUUGGUCUCCCUGGUGUAAUGUCAUUAAUGUAAAUCCUUUGAAUCUCUCCAUAAAUCCCACUGGGUGGAUUCUAGAUAUUUCACGUAGAACGAUAUCAACUUCAAACCUUAGAAAUAUAUCUACCUGCCUGUCUGUGAGCCCGGCCUCAGUGUAUGAGACUCAGAUGGUGACUAGUGACUUUGUAAAAAACACAAAACAAAAUGUUUAAAAAAAAAAAGAAAAGAAAAAAAGUUGUUGUGUUAGCAUGAGUGGCCUCCCUCGUGUGCUGUGUGUGGUGUGCCAUUGUGUGUGAAGAUGUGUGUGUGUGUCCUCAGGUCGUUUGUCAGGUUUUAAAAGCACCCACCUUACCCUUGCCCCAUUUCACCCUCACACUACUCUGCUACAGUGUAAUGUAGCUCAAACACUCCCCUCUCACUCUAUCUCCCCCUCCUGUCUGAUAAGAGGCCUGUGUUAUGAGGACAGUUGGUAUUAGUAUUUUUGCACUCUGCUCGCUGAUCUUAAUGCACUUACAAGCAUGGCAGUCGCACUCCAGUCCCACGCAGGCUUUCAUUCUGCUCCAGGUUUACAGCCUGUUUCCCAUCAUCCACUCCCAGUGCAUCUGCUGAGGCUCAGUGAAAGCACAGGUGUCACACACACACAUAUAAACAGUCACGCAGGUCCUCUAAUUUCUCAGCCUGUCCCUGCCUGGGCCAACUUCUCCUGGGUGGCAGCUAAAAUCAAAGCAUUCAUCCAUCCUUGACUGUGGGAGGUAAGAUAUGGAGCAGGGUGGGGUGCACCGGGCCGGAGUGCGACAGCCACGCUGGUGUGGGGAGUGACUGUGUCCUGUCAGCCUCUGGUUAGUGUUCUGUUCUAAUCUGCUGGGCUCCCUUUGUGAACCUGUGGACGGUGCUUCUGUUCUGAGUGCCAUGUGAGAAACAAACGCUUCAGUAAAAAACAAAACAAAUGUUUUACUUGUUUUAUUUUAAUUUACCUUUAUAUUUCCGUUUGUUUGUCUAUUUUGUUAUCCAAGGGUUUAAAGUUCAAAGAUCAUUCUCUAAUGUGGGGACCUGCCAACCUGCACUCCUUUUAAAUGUGAUGAAAACGUUCUGUUGGUCUGAACCAUAUGUGCCAAAUUGUAUGUAUAUUCCUCUGUCAAUGCCUUGCAUAUAGUGCAUAAAAACAAUAUUAAGGAAAUUCUGUUUUUGGAUGCAGCCUUGAAGAAAAGUGAAAAUACAAAAGAGUCGUCACAGCAUGUCAGAUUUCUAUCCCAAUGCCAUGGGUGCUGACAGUAUUCUGCUGCAGUUUACAAAAGGUUUAACACAAUUUGUAGUUUUUGAUCAGUCACAGUGUGUGUUGCUCCAGUAUAGGCCUGCACUGCGCCUCUCUCCUUGCACAGUUUACUUCAACCCGAGGCACCUACCUAUGUAUUUUUAACCUUUUGACUGUGUUUUACCAGCUCUCACAUCAUUUCAACCACAACAGGUUGAAGCGUUUACAACCAUAGUAUUAGUAUCACAGUGAAAAGGGACUGGGCGCGGUGCAUCUAGGGUUCAAAACUCCACCAAAAGACAUAUAGAUCAACACAAAACUCCUCCAAGCCCAAAGCCCCAUGAUAAUUCUCUAUGGAUUUCAAUGUCUUUCAGUUUCUUUCCAAAUGGCUUGUGUAGCAAGGGAGGGAGCAGAUGUUUUCACACAGCUGUGCAGGGAUGCCAUUACUGUAACACAGCUGCACAAAAACCCGGCUUAUUGGCUGAUCAUAGCUCAGCUCUGGCCUGCACCAGACACAACAUUUCCGCUUCACAGCUGAUCCCAGUUCGCUCAAAGACUAUAAGGGACGUUCCUCUUUUCCUGCGCCGCAUCUGCAGAGCCUCUUGGCCGGUGCAACAGGCGCAGUCCAACAUUCCUCUCUAUAUCGCCCCCUUCUCUCUCCCUACACAAUCAUAGCAGAUAAAACAUCAGUUUGACAUCUGGAAUUUAAAACUGCAUGCAUUCAACCAUGUGGAAAAACUAUUAUAAUAUCUGAGCUAAAAAUGCCUUUGAGAUGAACUCAAUCAGUUUGGGGCUGGCCUGUUGCCUGAGUGCACUUCCACCAUGGGGAAGCUGCAGUGUAACGUCAUCUUGAAAUGGUUUCCCAGUCAUUCCAGACACUUAUGCAAGAGUGCUUAGCAACUCAGAGAUGCACAGGAGAAAAACUGUGUUUUAAAGUCAAAAUAAACAACGUGGUAAGUUUCUACACAUUUGCUGUUUUAGAUUUGGUAUUACUAUUUAAUGCACUGAGACAAUAAGUGUAGUAUUUCUGAUAAGCCCCUCACAGGCACCCACCGUUUAGAUUUGAGGUGAACUUCGUUAUGUUUUAUAUGGUUUCUCAGGUCAUUCCAAACAGCAGAUUUAUUCAUGUAGAAAACCACUACAUUUAGCAUUUAUUAACACACACAUUGUUCUAUAUCACUGCACAAACUGUCUGGCCAUCCAUGUUCUUUAAGCUUUAGUAUUUAGAGUCAAAGUGCGAGGCUCUCUCACUUUGUUCACUCAUCCACACUGAAAACCCAAACAACCACAUCAACCUGCGGCUAUUGUUUCUUUAGCAGUAUUUUUUUACAUCACACCUCCAUUGCAGUUGCUACGGAAGUACAACCGCGCUGGACUUUUCAUGUACAGUACUAGGAUGCAUGUUUAGUCAACCAGAAAAUAAGGCAUGUUUUUAUGUACAGCUCACCGUCUCUUUCCAUGAUAGUUAAGUAGUCAUGUAGUGGCAUGGUGUGAGGCAGAAGGCCUUUCCAGUCGUAUCAAGUUGCCAACUGAAGCCAAUCCACUGCCCCCCGACCCCCCCUGUCCUCACCUUAAGCAUUGGCACUGUUAUGGCCAGCUGGUCCAUUCAUGACACACCUUAACCUUUCUCUGGGAAUGUUUCAGAAACUAACUUUACGUCACAUCCCACCAACCCUAACCCGUUAAGAGUUCAGUCACCAAUGGUCAUUUCCAACAGGUUGAUUUCUAUGUUAGUUCUCCUCUACUCUGUCCUUCCAUAUGUUGUUUUUCCUUGUUGCAAACACUCUCAACUUUGUUUUUUAAACCCUUUGAAUUGAUGCUGCUUCUGUGCUUGACUCUGGGUUUACUGCGUGGUGCCAUGUUGUCCACAUGGCCUGCCUCUAGAGCUUGUAACGCUUCAGUGUGUAAUGUUACCAUAUGCCUUACAUGUUUUCCAGGACUAAUAAAAAAAGCAUAACAAAAACUUCA